ACUCCAUUGUCGACACAGACAUCUUUUUUAACUUCCAUGAAUUUUCUAACUAUUAAUUACGUGUUGUAUUCAUUUUCUUCUUCACAACUCAAAUCCGCCAUUUCUGUGUAGCUAAAAAAGCUCGUUACAAAAAUGGCGAAUUCCGGUCCUCUGAACCCAAACCCAGUUCCGAACUCCGAUCGUCUCGAACAACUGAAACAAUUCGACGAGUCGAAAAUCGGAGUUAAAGGUCUUGUUGAUAAGGGACUUACUACCAUACCCAGUUUCUUCAUCCAUUCGGAAGAACCAAACCCGGAACCCAAAACCCGACCCGGUAACAAUCACUCCAUACCCGUCGUCGACUUCUCUGCUCCUCGGGAAACGGUCGUUGAACAAGUUCAUCGUGCUUCAACGAGCUUAGGGUUCUUCCAGAUUAUCAAUCAUUCUGUUCCGGUCAACGCUAUAAACAGAAUUGUAGGUUCGAUUAAGUCGUUUAACGAACAGAAUGAUGAAUUGAAGAUGAAGUAUUAUAGUAGGGAUAUUACUCGUGGAGCAGCGUAUUCUACGAAUUUUGAUUUGUACAACUCGAAAGCUGCAAGCUGGAGGGAUACGUUGCAGGUGAGGUUGACGCCUACUCCGUCGGAUUGGGAGUAUGUGCCGGAGGUGUGUAGGGAGGCGAUUGUUGAGUGGGAUAAGGAAGUGGUGAAAAUUGGGGAAGAAUUGAUGGGUUUAUUGUGUGAAGGGUUAGGAGUGGAAAAGGAUAGAUUGAAGGAAUUGUCUUGUUUGGAUGGAAGAGUUAUGGCUGCACAUUACUAUCCUUAUUGUCCACAGCCGGAGUUGACGAAAGGGCUGACGCCACAUACAGAUCCCGGUGUGUUAACGGUGUUGGUGCAGAAUGAAAUGACUGGAUUGCAAGUGAAAUUUGGGGAAGAAUGGGUGGAUUUGAAGCCGAUUCCGGGGGCUAUUGUGAUUAAUAUUGGUGAUAUUCUUCAGAUAAUAUCGAAUGAUGAAUACAAGAGUGUGGUGCACCGAGUUCUAGCCAACCCUUUUCAAGAACCCCGCGUAUCAGUUGCCAUCUUCUUGAACCCAGGCCAAAGAGAGAACUCAUUUGGACCUCUCCCUGAACUAAUAUCAGAUGAAAAGCCAGCCGUUUACCGCAAAUUCAUGUACAAGGAUUACAUGGGGAGAUUCUUUUCAAAGGAGUUGGAUGGGAAGACUUUGACAAAUUACUACAGGGUUUCAAAUCAAAUAUAACAACAUCUUUAUAUAUGUGUGAUGCAUCAAAUUACUGUUCCUACACAUGUUGUGGAAUAAGAAUACUGUAAAGUAGAAAAUUUCAUCAAACAUAUAUAUGCUUGUAAAUGUUCUAUACUUUAAACGAUAUCUAUAAUAUCUGUCUUGAUUCUCUUUAA